CACCAACCCAAAGGCCCAAAACUAACAAAAAAAAACCCUCCUAUAAAACCCACAUACUUCACCCCUUCCGAAUUUCUUCACAUUUCUAGGGUUUCUCAGCGUCGUUCAUUUCAGUUUCUCAGAUCCUCCACUCAUCGGCGGCUCUUCUUCAACCUCCAACCAUGCCGUCACACAAGUCUUUCAUGAUCAAGAAGAAGCUCGCGAAGAAGAUGAGGCAAAAUCGCCCCAUUCCUUACUGGAUUCGUAUGCGCACUGACAACACUAUAAGGUACAACGCGAAACGCAGGCAUUGGCGCCGUACCAAGCUUGGGUUCUGAGGUGCUUGUUAUAUUUAUAUUGCUGCAGUAUUUUGUUCUAAUUUUGCGAUGGUAGUUUUUGAAAGGGGAUGUAUGGUUUUGUUUUAUUUCGUAGAACGAUGAUGAUACUUGUAGUUGAGUUUUUGUUUGUUGGGACCCCAUUGUAAUGAGAUGCUAUUAAGAGCAAUUUUUUUUAGUAAUACAUCUAUUUUGUAAUGUUUUACUAUGAUUUAAUGUUUUAUUUUGAAAUGUUUUAUUUUGAUGUUUA